AUGCUGUCCACUCAAGUAUUGCCACGACCACAACUUCGAGGUAGAUCAACAAGUCCUGUGUUGGGAAGAAGCCCUUCAAUUACUCUUUCCAAGAGUCCUACGGGUACCCGACCUAGGAAUAAAACAUUCUCUAAUGUUGUGUCCCCAUCUCCGAAUAAGAGAUUAUCAGUUCCUCAUGAUCUUAAUUCAGUGGAAUUUAUUAGUUCUUCAUCACCAAAGAGAGAGAUAAAAGCAGACAAUGAUGACAUUGAGGUGCUGACUCUGAGCCAUGCCUUGAGUUUUGAUGUGCCAGGAAUUGAAUCCACUGUAAUUCCUGAAGGAGUUAACCUCACAAACACUAAAGGAACGGAUAUUACCGUUCCAUUACUUACUACUUCUGAUAUUCUUGAUAACGAUAAUGAACAUAUUGCGGAUGGAGCGUUAGACAGUUUGGAGAAGCCAACUGCAAAUGAAGUUGACGGGAGUGGCUCAUCCUUAGGGAUAUUCUCGACCCUUAUAAAUGCUGCCAACAAUAUAUUAUCCAAAGAUGGUGACGGGGAGGCAAAAAAUUCUAAAAGAAACAGCCUUCUGACUUUAUCAGGUAAUAGCAAAUCGAAUAGUGCUCUUAGGAAAUCAUUAACUUUACGAAGGGAUGACACCUUUGAAAACAAAUUAGAUUCCUUAUUGGGCAAGCAUGAUAAUUUGCUUUCCAUGGCUUCUAAAGAUCCUGAAUUAAACAUUUCUAAAAACCUCCAUAGCGUUGACGGUUUAGACCCAUCGGGCUUGAAAUCAUCCAAAAUGUUACUGAAUCAAUCCACAAAUGACAGGGCUUCAAUACCAGCUUCUGUUGUUCAAUUUGAGUCUGUGAAGGAUAGUCCAUUGAAUACUUUGGGAAAAGGUGAUUUAUCGCUAGCAAGUUUUGAUAGGAGACUGUCUAGAAUUUCAGAUCUGACUGUGGCCAUGAGUAAUUUUGAUAAUCAUCCUCAAGGCUCCCCUAAUCUUCAAGUGAAUGGCUCUAACGUUGGAAGGACACUGUCCUCCAUGCCAAGAAGCAUGUCAAUGGAUAGUAAGAUAAGUCAACACACUUCAAGAAAUCCUUUGGCACCAGCGCUUAGCAAAUCAGUACCAGAAGAUGACGAUGUUUUAUCUACAACGGAACAAAGUAUAUCAUAUUCAGACACACAAGAUAAUCUUACAGGAGACACUAUAAAGUUUGCACUGGAACUGAAAAAUAGAAACUUUCACCAACAAUUCAAGGAGGUCCCCCUGACCGACAAUUUAAUAGAAGACUACAGUUGUGCACUUUCAAAGGAUAUUCUUAUUCAAGGGAAAAUGUAUUUGUCGUCCAAUUAUAUUUGCUUUAAGUCUAAUAUAUUAGGUUGGGUAACCAAUUUGACUAUCCCACUUGCAGAGGUGGUACAAAUAGAAAAGAAAUCAACUGGUGGUAUUUUCCCUAAUGGUAUCAUUAUUAGAACUUUACAUCGACGUUACACAUUUGCAACUUUUUUAUCAAGGGAUAACACUUUCAUUUUGAUUUCUAAAGUUUGGAGAAAUGUGUUGGAACAAGCACCUGGCGAUGUUGCAACCAAUAGACCUAGAGGGACUUCUAUUGCAUCGUCAAGGUACAUAGCCGAUGAAGAGAGUCCGCCUAACAUGUUGGGUGAUGAAGAGGUAGAUAUAACAGACGAAGGUGAACUGGUUGAUGAAGAUGAUUCAGAAGACAUUAUCUCAGGUGGUAAUGAUACCAUAAGUGAUGCUCUUUCACGGCAAGGUACAGCACGACAAGCAGCUACAACUCAGGGGUCUAAUAAAGGUGCCGCUGAAGAAGCAGAUGCCGAUCCUGAUGCAUCCACAUCAAUUGACGAGGCCAAACCCAAAAGCAAUGGAAAAGCUACUGCUAACAGUGAUGACUCUAAUACAUUCUUUGGGUUUCCAUUACUAGGUCCCUUGAAACAUGCAGAAGUGAUUGUUGAUUAUGAUAAACAAUCAAGUGACGUUUUCAUUACUGAUGAAGUAAUACCUGCUCCAUUAGGAGUUGUUUUUUCAAUUUUAUUUGGUCAAGAAACCAAACAUAUUAUAAAAAUCUUGAAGGAUCAAAAAAAUUUUGAUAUAGCGGAAGAACAAAUCCUGGGAUUAUCAGCCCUGCAAAAAGAGCGUACCUAUAAUUAUACCAAACCUUUGGGAGGACCCAUUGGCCCUAAGCAGACGAAAUGCUUUUUAACGGAUAAGAUUGUUAAUUAUGAUUUGGAUAAUCAUGUAUUGAUUGAAACCAACACCCUGACACCGGAUGUACCCAGUGGUAACUCAUUCAAGGUUAAGACGAAAAUGUAUUUGAGUUGGGCUUCUAAUAAUCUGACUCGGUUGUAUGUUUUAACCAGUGUUGAGUGGUCUGCUAAAUCUUGGUUUAAAAGUGCUGUUGAAAAGGGAUCAAUUGAAGGUCAAAAGGAUUCUAUCCGUGUAAUGAUUAAAGAUCUUAAAGAUAUAGUUGAGGGGUUCAAAACUUCUGGAGCCAAAGGUGAUAGAAAGAAGAGAAAGAAACCAAGAGCAACUUCAUCAGUAGUUGAACCAGUGUCUGAGAAGCAACCAGAACCAGAACCCGCGGCACCACCUCCAGCUUCUAUUUUGGAACAAGUUAAAUCAUUAUUCACAUCCAUUACAUCAUCUCUUGGAUCUAUUGUGGAGGUACCAUUUGUUGAUGCCAACAUUGUUGGAACGGUGUUAUUGAUGUUGAUCUUAUUGUCAUCACGCUCGGUUUUGAGGUGGACACUUGGAGUUUCACUGAAUGCUGAUAGACAUAGUGUCCAGUUUGUAAACUCAGACAAAUUUGUAUCUCGAGUCUUGAUUGAUAAGAAGGAAUAUGUUGUAAUUCCAUCUGUUCAAUCCAAGAUGGAUGAUUUCGCGUUUGAGAAGAACAAUGACGCAGCACUUUGGAGGUGGAUAAGUAAACGGAGUCAUGGAGGUUUAGGAAAGGAUGGACCAGAAAGUAAAGGAAAGAAACAAAUACACACUUCCCCUGAAGUAUUAGAAUUUAUUGGGUUAGCACAUGAUCGGUUAAAUGAAUUGGCUGGAAUGCAUUAA